UCAAGAUUCCCAUACACCAAUUUUCAUCUUCACAAAAUCAUUUACCUCCUAUAAAUAUGCAUCAUUAUUCUCACUCACAAAACCCAAACCCUUCAAUUUUCUUCUUUUUUCCAUUUCCAUGGCUUUCACAACCAUGCCUUCUUCACUCACAAACUCCACUUCUUCCCCAACUAUGCUUCUUCCUCCCAUCUCUCAUCAUAUCAAUCAUAUUUUACCUCCAAAUAAACUCAUCGUCAAUAAACCCAAACGCAAACUCCUACACUUAACCGUUGCAAAUGUUGCAAGUCCUUCAUUACCCAUGAUUACCCCACCAACACCGGAGGAACAACGCUCUGGAACCACCGCCGGCCGCCACCACCACCACCAUGUUGCAUGGACUAGUAUCUUGCAGGAGAACUGGGAAGGAGAGUUACAAGUUGAAGGGCAUAUACCACCAUGGCUUAAUGGAACGUACCUGAGGAAUGGGCCUGGGAUGUGGCACAUAGGAGACUAUGACUUCCGACACCUCUUCGACGGUUACGCCACGGUGGUGAAGCUACGACUCCAGGAAGGCCGGUUAUUCGCCGGCCACCGUCAACUUGAAUCGGAGGCGUACCGAGCGGCGAAGAAGAAUCAGAAGAUAUGCUACCGGGAGUUUUCGGAAGUGCCAAAGGCGGCGAAUUUCCUGGCGUAUGUGGGGGAGCUGGCGAGCCUGUUCUCCGGCGCGUCGCUGACGGACAACGCGAACACCGGGGUGGUGAAGCUUGGCGACGGGAGGGUGGUGUGUCUGACGGAGACGCAGAAGGGGUCGAUUGUGAUUGACCCUGAGACGCUGGAAACGGUGGGGAAGUUCGAGUACAGUGACUCGUUGGGGGGUCUGAUUCACUCUGCGCACCCCGUUGUGACGGAUAAGGAGUUUGUGACGUUGUUGCCGGAUUUGGUGAGAGCAGGGUACCUUGUGGUGAGGAUGGAGCCCGGUACCAAUGAGAGGAGGGUAAUUGGGCGGGUCAAUUGCCGGGGCGGGUCUUCACCCGGUUGGGUUCACUCUUUUCCUGUCACCGAACACUAUGUUGUUGUGCCCGAAAUGCCGUUGAGGUACUGUGCUCAGAAUCUGCUCAAGGCUGAGCCUACUCCUUUGUACAAGUUUGAGUGGCACCCUCAGUCUAAAGCUUUUAUGCAUGUCAUGUGCAAGACCAGUGGAAAUAUUGUGGCAAGUGUGGAAGUACCUCUGUUUGUUACUUUCCAUUUCAUUAAUGCUUAUGAGGAGGAAGACGAAGAUGGGAGGGUGACGGCCAUUAUUGCCGACUGUUGUGAGCAUAAUUCGGAUCCUACCAUUCUUGAUAGACUUAGGUUACAGAACCUUCGUUCUUUUAAUGGUGAAGAUGUUCUACCCGAUGCUAGGGUUGGACGGUUCAGAAUACCACUGGAUGGAAGUCCAUAUGGAGAACUAGAUGCAGCAUUGGACCCAAAUGAACAUGGGAAAGGCAUGGACAUGUGCAGCAUAAACCCUAAUAAUCUAGGAAAGAAAUACAGAUAUGCUUAUGCUUGUGGAGCACAGCGACCUUGUAACUUUCCCAACACACUCACCAAGCUUGAUUUAGAAUUGAAAAAGGCUACGAACUGGCAUGAAGAAGGUGCCGUACCCUCAGAACCAUUCUUUGUUGCACGACCAGGAGCAACAGAGGAAGAUGAUGGCGUGGUAAUCUCCAUUGUCAGCGAGAAAAAUGGAGAAGGGUAUGCGUUGCUGUUGGAUGGUUCCACUUUUGAAGAGAUUGCUAGGGCCAAGUUCCCUUAUGGACUUCCCUAUGGGUUGCAUGGAUGCUGGGUUCCAAAGGAGUAACAGCAUCACAGAAUAUUAUUUAGUAAUAUAAAAUCUGCUCAGAGAAAAUGACGCAACUGAAAGCAGUACACCUAUACAAUAUAUUAUGCAACCAUACUGGGUACAAGGGAUACUGAUCCUUAAGCGUGUAAUAUUAUUGUAUGUGUAUGAUAAGGUCGCAAUUAUGGAUUCGUCCUCUUCCCCUCAGCAUUUUGUACAUUGUACUGCAUGUAUUAUAUCAAUGAGUAAUCUCAUUUUUUUCUCA